AUGACCGCCGACACUCCCCAGCCCAUCUCUAUCAUUGUUCUCGGUGGCGGACAGCGAGGGGUCAUCUACUCCAAAUACUGCACGCAGGGUGGGCGCGCCACGAUCGCUGCCGUCGCGGACCCACGCGAUGGACGUCGCAAGUUGUUCGCCCGCCAAUUCCAUGUGCCGCAGGACAAGCUGUUCUCGGACUGGCGCGAGGUUGCCAAGCUACCCAAGUUUGCUGACGCCGUCGUCGUCUCGGUGCUCGACCAGCUGCACGCCGAGGUCGUCCACGUCUUCGCUAAGCUCGGGUACCACAUCCUCUGCGAGAAGCCGAUGGCGACCGAGAUUGCUGACUGCGUCGCAAUGGUGCGCGACAUCACGCCGAGCACCAUCUUCGGAGUCGGACAUGUGCUCCGAUACUCCCCGUACAACGUCGCUGUCAAGAAGGUCAUUGACUCGGGCAUCCUCGGCGAGAUUGUCAACAUCCAACACCAGGAGCCCGUGGGCAACGUGCACUUUUCGCACUCGUUUGUGCGCGGUAACUGGAAUACCGAGGAGACGACGACGUUUGCACUCAUGUCAAAGUGCUGCCACGACCUCGACAUCCUCUCCUUUUACCUCUCCGGUGCGAAACCUGUGCGCGUGUCGUCCUUUGGCAACUUGUUCAACUUCAAGCCAUCCAAGAAGCCGACCAAGGCUGGAGAUGCAACGCGCUGCCUCGAAUGUCCCGCCGAACCCGAGUGCGUGUGGAGUGCCAAGCGGAUCUACUAUGACCCCGUGGAGAAGCAGGGCAAGAAGGGGUGGGCGUCGGUUUUUGUCGACGACGUGACGCCCGAGAACGUCAAGGCCGCACUCAAAGACGGGCCGUACGGACGGUGCGUGUUCGAGGCAGGCAACGACGUCGUCGAUCACCAGGUCGUCAACAUCGAGUACGAGGGUGGCACGACCGCCAACAUGACAAUGAGCGCGUUCACCGAGUCCGAGUGCAACCGCCAGACGUAUAUCCAGGGAACGCUGGGCGAGCUCGUCGGCGACAUGCGCACGUUUACAGUGUUCGACUUCCGGACGCGCCAGCGCACAUCUCACAGCCCGAAGCAGACGGAAGAGGGCGGCCAUGGUGGCGGCGAUGCUGGCCUGUCCAUGGCCUUUGUUGACGCUGUCGUGCAACGCAAGCAGGAAUGCCUGGGCAUCACACCCGAUGAUGUCCUCAACUCGCACCUGAUCGUCUUCGCUGCCGAGAAGGCGCGGCAUACCAACACAGUCGUCGACUUUGACACCUUCAAGACACAAGCGCUGGAUGGCACUGCAACGUACAAGUAA